AAGGCGCGAAAGGAAAACGAGUGUGCUUGUGUAUGUAGUGCAAGCGAAUGCGGCACUGACUGAUAAAACCAAACUAACGUUUUUGUCUAGCCUCAGGCUGAAAAUAUGCAUUUUCAGGUAUCUGUUUUGCCGCAAAAAACUCAUGAAAACAGUGGAAUCAGUAAUGGAGUUCCUUGCAUUGCGUGGAUUUCACAAAAUGAGUUUUUCACCUGCUGUGGGAAUGAUAAAUCUAUUUAUCGGUGGGAUGCUAAAAAUGGAACUAGUACCAAAGUUUCUGACCUGCCCAUCGAAUUGUGCCCAACUUCGUUACACAAUCUUCAAAAAUCGAAAGCGAAUAAUAAACCUGGGGCCGAGUUGCUAUUGCUCCUGACAACUUCAAAUGGAAAAAUUCUAAUGAUGACUGGAAGUGGUCGUGUUGAGAAGACAGUUGAUGCUCACAAAUCAGAAAUUUUGGUUGCAAAAAUCAGCAAAGACAUGUCCAGCAUUUUAACUGGCUCUGAAGACGGAUUAGUCAAAGUUUGGUCUCGAUCGGCGAUGCUGAGAGCGAGCUUUAGCGAAUCCGCGCCGCUGCCUGUGACCGCCGCAGAUUGGUCAGCGGAUUCGCAAUCUAUCGCCUUUGUACAAGGUGCAUGGGUGAUUUUAAAAUCACUCAUCCCUGGCAUGGCACAGUCCAAGUGGCAAGCCCAUGAUGGGGUGGUUUUGAGCCUCUCGUGGAGUGCGGCUCAAAAUGGGUUGUUAGCUACGGGCGGCGAAGACGGCAAAUGCAAGGUGUGGGAUUCCUCCGGGCACUUGAUGUACUCAAGCGGUAACCAAGGAUCGCCGGUGAUGUGUCUUUCCUGGAAUCUAAAUGGACAAAUUCUUGCCGUCAGCUCUCACAACUCUCUCCGGCUUUGCCAGACCAUAGGAAGAUUCUCAACAUCCGAAUUAAUUUCGAACAGCACUGCGCAUUCACUGUCGUGGAACAAAGAUAAUUCAAGAUUAAUUGGAGCCUGCGGAUCUGGGAAAAUAAUCGUUGCCAAUGUGGUUGGAAGAGAAAUUCAUCGCGACGGAAUUCAAGCUCAUAUGAUUGGGGACAAGGCGGUGCGCGUGAGAGACUUAAAAGCGUCAGAUAUGUGGGAGACCCUAGAAGUCAAAAGCUCCAUUCUCCUUCUUGAAGCUGGCUUCGGACAUGUAGUUCUGGCCACAAGUGAUCGAUGCUUGAUUUACAACACUACAACAAUUAACACUCCGGUUGAAGUGAAAGUGGCAGGUGUCUUUUUACUUCAAGUCGCAUCCAAAUGCUUUUUGGCGGUGAAUGAAUUUGGAUUCUGGUUGUACACUUUGCAAGGACGAGCCAUUGCUGUGCCUCAGGUCCCUAACUUACAAAUUGUGCACUUGACCGAGAGCACUAUUCACUUGACUGCAGACCACUUGGCAAUUCGAGAUUCAACCGAGUUUCGAGUUGUACACAUUCUGGACUUUGGUUUUUCUCGGACCAUUGAUGGACAAAAUGUUCCAAAAAUUCGGUUUAAAGAGCCAAUAAAACAAGUUGCUUUGAAUCAGAUAGAUUCAGAGAGAUGUCUCGCGGCAGUUGAUUCGCAGGGCGAUCUUUACGUUGUUCCAAAUCCAGCCAUUCCUAAUGCUUCAAUCUACAAGCUAGCUAGCAUGGUUCGCCAAGUGAUGUGGAACUCCAGCAAUCCAUACCUGAGCGCUUUAACUGAGAGUGAGCUCUGCGUUUGGUUUUAUCCGCAAAUAGUGUCGUUCAACAAUCAGUUAUUGUUGAACACACGAAUAGAAAGAGACCUGAGCGAAAUCGGCACAAGUGGAGUGAUAACGCAGUUCAGCAAUGGAAUCGUGGAAAUACAGCGUCACGACAAAACAGCUAUAAGCAUUCCAAUAAAUUUGGUUCCGGCGGCACUGUUUUCCCUGACAGAAAAAGGAGAUUGGGUCAAAGCAAUUAAACUUGUGCGACGUGCAUCAAUGAACAAGCCUGGUAGCAAUCAUAGCUUCUUUGCUGCUCGGUGCUGCAUGAAGAACCAACCAAAAAAAUCGCUUUCAUCGUACAUUGCCCUUGGGUUGGUCGACGAAAUAGAGUACAUAAUGAACCAAACUCAGUGACCUGUUUCUUUAAAAAGUAAACAUGGCGUGUAAAAGAGUCUAUAGUAUUUUAUUUUCUUAAAAAAUAACAAAUGUAUUUCCAGCAUAGGUCAAAGCAAAUAAUUCAUUCAUUUGAAAAGCUUGUGUGGAUUCUCGAGACAUUCUUUUGGUUAGCUGAGAGAGAAAGAGAGCUCCUCACUCAUGAAAUAGACCUUUCGUAUCACAAGAAAAGUUUCAUCAUUCCAUGGGCAA